AUGGAUAGCAGCAGCAGCACUUACUUCUCAGAUCUUCCUCAAAACCAAAUUCUGAACAAGAGAAGAGAUUGAAGAAAAAUAUGGUUGACGACGAAAAUCAGCAAAAUAUCGAGAUUCUCCCGGAAGAAAUUGUGUUGGAGUUCCUCUACAGGGUUCCAGUUAAGCCUCUAUUGAGAUCCGGUCUCGUCUGCAAGCACUGGUACAAUUCUAUCAAUAAAGAUCCAACCUUUACAUCUUCUCAUUUUAUUGAGUACUCCAGAAACAUCCCCAUCUCAUCCUUCAUUUUCUCAACAGAAACAAAAACAAUACUAAUAAUCAUAGUAAUAGUAAAAAAGUAGAAUAUUUCCAUAGCUUCUUCGAUUUAGACAAAGAUAAGACUAAUAAUCAAUCUGUUAAUAUUGUUGAUUGGAAUCAAAAUUUAGUCACUGAUAUCAAAUCUAAAGUGGAUUUAGUUGGUUAUUGCAAUGGUUUGAUUUGUCUUUCUGAAAGAUGUCCUGUAAUUAGUAAAGUUUGGAUAUGGAAUACUGCUAGGAACGAAUCGGUACUCAUAUUUCCUCCGGUCAAUGACAGUGACUCCGGGGCUUAUGGUGUCAUAAAUUAUGGAUUUGGUUUUGAUUCUAUAACAAAGGAAUAAAAGGUUGUAUACAUUAUUUACUCGGCGACAGUUCGUUCCUUUAAGUGCCUUGUUCUUACAUUAGGACGGGGAACUAUCUCGUGGAGUGAGGUCGUGGCUCCAGAGGUUGUGGUAUCUAGGUGCUUUAAAUCAGCUGUAUAUACUUCUCAUAACGGAGCAUCAACUCUUUCUUGGAGGACAGCUGAUAUUAACGUGCUGCUCUCUUUUGACCUCCAUGACGAAACAUUUAAUGUAAUUCGAGUCCCAGUAGAAUGUGAAAGCAAUAAAGAUGAGUAUCCAUUAGUUGAGCUUGUGGAAGUCGGGGGAUUUUUAGGUCUGCUCCGUUUAGAAAGCUUAAUACCGAGGGGUGAUAAUAGUAGUUGUACUGGCAAUCGUUAUCAUCCUUUACAUGAAGAAAGUAAUACUUGGAAAAUGGUCCAUUUGUAUAUAUUACAAGACAAAGUCAACCAAGUGUGGAGUAAGCAGCAGAAGUUUGAUCUUACUCCAUAUUCUCUUCCCUGCAGUAUGAACUCUCGUUUUGCUAGUUUCUCUGAUCAGAUUUUACUCUUUUGGGUAGACGGCAAGGGUUUUCAGCUUUUCAAUCUACACAAGAAACAUCUUAAGGUGGUCACUGCGCAUGUUUCAGUAAAUAAUCAGGGCCCUGAAUCAGUUUCUUCUCAAGAUUUUCGGCUAACCUAUCAUGUUGAGAACCUAUGUUCUUUGCAAUCCUUAUUGCCUCAAUCAGCAUACAGAUCAGACUCAACUUGUAUACAUCAAAUUUUAAAGCAACAUUACAGUGUUGUUCGAAGAAAACUGCCAAAGACAGUGGGAGGGUACCUAACUUUGUAUGGUCGAGCACCAAGCAACAUGUACUAUAUCUUUGAGUAGGUUUUCUUACGGUCUAGUUGUUUAUUAUUUAUUCUGUCAAGAUUCACUUCUCUAUUUCUGCUUGAUCUCUGAUGUCAAUGCUCUUAUGUUUGAACCUGGUAUCCAAUGACAUACAAGAUGAUAGUCCAGCCAUUUGACCGUGAUCUCAUUAUUUUAUCAGUACCAUAUGCAUCUUUCUUUUUUGUUCUCUAAGUCUUCAGUUUGGAUGGUACUACAGCCUACAUGUCACUGGUUGAUUCAUCUUGCACCUGAUAACGUUGUAACACAUGAAGCAAGAUAUUAUUAUUAAUUUGAAAGAAAACUUCUUUUUAGAGGUAGUUGUUAGAUAUUACAUGGUUCCGUUGCAUAUAGUUAGGGGUUAAAGAUGAUUUGGUGGUAAAAGAGGAUAUUAGAUUUACACGGGAAAAGGCUGUGAUAAAAGAAAAGGAGAGAGGAAACUCUAUUCAUGGCAAUAGUCGGCAUCCUUAUCUGACUUAGUACUUUGUGAGUCAGACAUGAGGAGGCUGACUAGAUUUGCAUUUACAUAUUAGCACAAGACGUAUUGGAGGUGCUGGUUUUUCAUAUUAUUCAAGAGAAGCGGACGAGUUCAGCAGCAGUCAGGCUGAAAAGUGAGGGUCCUCGGGUACUAAAUAUGAAGAUGAUGCAUGAGAUACUGAAGGUGUAAGUAGAUAUGGAGGACAGAACUAUAGUCUCGAAGACGGAAAGGAAGGAAAUCAUCGUCUGAGCUAGAGCAAGAGUGAUUGUACAGCAAAGGAAAGAACAAAAAUUUCUUGCAGACUCCUGCGGAUCCUUGAUCAAGAGCCGAGAGAUUUGGAUAACAAGGAAGGAAUAUGAACUUCUUGCAAGCUAUGAACAAGAGGCUGCCCUGAAAAGUUGGGUAACAUUCGAGAUUUUUGAGUCAUAUAAUUUUUAAAACGUAAACAAUCUUUGUGCAUUAGACAUUAGUACCACAAGUAAUGAUAUGAGAGAUAAGCAGACCCUGAGUGUUUUAAGAUAUUCUUGAAUAAUGAUGCCAGUAGACUUGAAUAUACACGUCAAGUUGCAAGACCAAUCUUUAAUGUUGUGAGUCUGGUUGCCCCCAGAAGAUUUUGACGGUUGAGAUUGUGCAACUUUUACUCCUCUUUGCCCGAAUAAAACCGCUGAGAGAGUAAAACUUUUCAGUUUCUCAGCCAUUCUUCUUGGAGAAAAUACAGUAGUUACUGAAAUUUCCCCCUGUCUAAAGAGAUUUCCGUAAGAUAGUUUUCUUUGAGAGUUCAAGGUAUGGAAAAAGGUCAGAAUUCCCAAGAGCGUGUACAAGGUGAACCACAGAAAAAAACCCGAGUCCAAGAAUCCGUGGAACAAGUUGCUACUGCAAUUGUAUGUGAAGGUUUUUCUCGGUAUAAUGAGAAUCAAUUGCACUCUCUUCUUGGUGCAAUGCAUGAAAGAGCAGGUUUUGGAGUUGAAAGAGCAAGCACUGGAGGUGAAAGAGAGUGUUCUGAGGGAAUGGUUGUGUAUGCAUCCACCAGAGUUGGGAGACCACCACAGAGGCUUGAAGAAAGCCGAAUUGAGAAUGGGGAGCUUGUGGGUGUUAAAGAUGGAUGGGUUCUGUUUGCUGUUCAUCCCACGAAGGGCCGACGAGUGGUAAGGGAGGGAAUUGUACUGGUGGAUGAUGAGAGGAUCGUAUGUGGUGGAACUCAGCAGGGAUUCUUUGCUGCCCCUCUUCUUGACGCAGCUAAGGAUCAAAUUCGAAUUAAUGCUACUCGUCCUCCUAAUCCUGACAAGAUCUUUUUCCCAAAUUUGUUCAUGCUUGCACCCACCCUUAGGCAGAUGGCUCAGGAUGUGGUCGAAGUAUCCCAGACUGGAAUUGGAGAAGUUACAUAUCCACUUGAAGUUCCUAGAGACGAGUCUGUGAUCCCUGGUGUUGAUUCUAGAAUUGUGGGACAAAUAUACAGAUCUGCUAAAGCCAGUGCAAUACGUGGAGAAGAGCCUCAACUUCCUGAAUUUCCAACUGAAGAUACAUUGCCACCAGGAGCUGAUGUAAGGGCUGUAGCACAGGUGUACAGAAAUGUAAUGGAUCGAGCUAUAAGGGAUGCUGCCAGUACAAUUGGAGAAGAAAAAGAGAUCUAGCCAGGUAGUUUUCAAAAUGUUGCACAUAGUGAAAUUAGUAGUAACAAACAGACAUGAAGUUUCAUUUUUUGUUUGAGACCAAGCUUCAAGAAUGGGAAUCAA